AUGGCAGAUUCUUAUUUCAAUUACAAAGAUUAUAUAACGUACAAAAUUAAAAUCUUUAGAAACUCUGUGGAAUCAACUAGUACACAUGAUAUUGAUGAAUUCCUCGGAAAUCACGAAAAUAUAGAUGAUGUGAAACUAAUUAUUAAAUCUUUCUGUAUGCAAAUAAAAGAAUAUUUUCAGUACAUUAAUAAUAAUUUUUCAAGUAAUUACAAUAAAUGUUGCGAUUAUAUUAAUUACUACAUAAAGUACCUAGAUGAAAACACUUAUAUAGAUCCUGCUAAACCUAUAUCACGGUAUUUGAGAAAUUUUACAUAUAAUGAACUCUUAAGUGACAUUAAAUCACCAUCCGAUAAUUACUUGCUUGCUGAAUUAAAUAAUAUUAGAUGUUUAAUCGAAAAGAAUGAAUUAAAAUACAAAGUCAAAUGCAACACAGAAUUACCAAAAUUAUCAGAUUCUGCUAAUAAAUGGGAUUAUAAAGAAAAAUGCGAAGAACCAUUAAAAUUAGAAAACACACGGGAUCAAAUAAUACAUGCUAUAGGAAAUAAUGAUAAUAGUUUUUCUGAUUAUAAUACCCCUAAAAAAGUUAUAAU